AUGGCUUCCCAAAAAUGGUUGAGGUCUUCUGUAAUAUUAAAGUCCGCCCAUCAGCCACUUUCAUCGUGGUCAAAGAAAACCCUCCUUCCAUUAUAUCCUGUGCAGAGUAUGUUCUCACGAAUACCGUCUAGAUUUGGCCACUGUGUUCGAUCUGUUGAAACUAGAAUUGGUUUGUACAUCCAACCCAUACAAGCUCGACUAAGUCUGCUGAGCCAAGCAAGGUUAUUUUGUAGCAGUCUUAGUAACACUGUCUCUGCUCAGAAUGGUGUAAUCUGGCAGAUAAAUCAAAUGGAUAGUUUAGAAAGUCUUGUUGAUUUUGUGCACAUCAAUGGGAAUAAGUUUGACGAAGAAGCCGUUGUCAGUGCAGUGAGACGGAUGGCGGAGAUUGUAGAAGUUGUGAGACAGGAUGACCAGUUUAAUUUAUGGCUGAUGAAUUUGGGUCCAGUUUGUGAUCUUGUUAUGAUGCAUGCACGAUACAUGACUAAUAUCAAUGUUACUUUGUGUUUAUAUAAUUUCUCAAAAUGUGAAGUACCGCUGAACACGCCUGUAAUGCAGACAUUACUAAGACAGUGCGAGGCUCGGAUGAACGAUAUGGAUCUUGAAUCACUGACACGACUGCGUGUAACUCUUGGUAAAAUGCCCAAGACAGAACAAGUAGAUGCUAUGAUCCUAGCUACACAGAUUUUAUGCAAGCAGACAUUAAACCGAACUCUUUCUAUACGUCUUCUAGCAUCAUUAAUUGAACCCAUGUAUAACGUAUUAUCACCGUCAGAAAAACGGGAAUUUGAUAACCGUAUUGUCGCUAUUAUGACUAUUAGGAAAGAUGUCAAGUUAAAACAUGUUGUGAAUCUCUUUCGUCAGUAUGGUUACGUGAGACACAGAUCUGACGUAUUAUUGGAAAAGGCAAGUCAGUUGAUUAUGAAUUCCGAUGAUGUAACAGCUGAGCUUUUGGAAUCGGUUCUUGUGGCAUGUGAGAGGUUGAAGUAUUACAAUGACCAAUUAUUUGAGUGGAGUGCACGUUUUCUGCAAACCCACAUGGAGGACUUGACAAUUAACUGCCUUGCGAGGGUAUUGCAUGUGUAUGCAGUGUUUGGAUAUGUCCAUAAACCACUUCUACGACAAGUCGCAGAUCAUAUUUAUAACUUGUCAGACAUCAGUCCUUUAGACGCUACUGGAAGCAUAGACAGUCUAUCGAUGUGUGCAUUCUUACUCGCACCAUUUGCAGAACUGAACUUUCGUCAAUUUACCGAGUUCAAGAGUCCUUUAUCAGAACAUGCUAAAGAGGAGUUUGAGUCCAGCGAUGAAGAACGUUAUCUAUGUAAAUUGGUGGAGGAUAAAACUGAGGAUCUUUUGUUAAAUGCUAACAAUACUCAAUAUGGUCAUGUGUUAGAUGUCAUCAACUACCUCACAAUGCUUAAUAAGACGCCAAGUCGGGAAUUGCUGCAGUUUAUAUUCGAUCCUAAAUGUCAACGUUUUUUGAUGGAUAUUAAAGAUAAUGCAAGAUUUAACAGACGGAGGAACGCAUACUUGAAUAUCUAUCGAUCAUUAGAAAUGAAUACUUACGAUGAUUUAUCUCAUCUCUCGCUUGAAACAUGCGUCAUGCAAAACAGGAAGUCCACUGAUGGUAUAGUAGAUACCAGAAAGGUUUUACAACUGUCAUUGCAAGCGAUCAUCAGAUUAUUAUAUGGGGAUAAGUUACAUACUGAGAUUAACAUACUGGACUAUCCAGGAUUAAUCAUAGAUUGUAAAGUUGAUUUGAAAGAUUCAGUAAGAAAUAACAAAAGGUUAGCUUUAUUACUGGCUCCAGAUUCCUACUAUGCGAAAAAUCUACUAGAAGAUGCUGAGUUUUGGUUGCUAGGAAAUGCUGUUGCUAUGGAGAGACAACUAAAUAUAAUAGGAUACCAUGUACGAUGGAUACCUCUAAGAGAAUGGGCAGUAUUGGAAACAAAGCAAGACAAGAUGGAGUACACCAAAUCUGUCAUCGAUAACUUUUAUAAAUUCCCCAUUGAUGAUUGA